AUGAGAGGGGCAAACCAGUCAAGUUUCUCCGAGUUCCUCCUCCUGGGGCUCUCCAGGCAGCCCCAGCAGCAGCAGCUCCUCUUCAUGCUCUUCCUGAGCAUGUACCUGGCCACAGUCCUGGGAAACCUGCUCAUCCUCCUGGCCAUCAGCAUGGACUCCCGCCUGCAUACUCCCAUGUACUUCUUCCUUAGCAACCUGUCCUUUGUGGACGUCUGCUUCUCCUCUACCACUGUCCCCAAGAUGCUGGCCAACCACAUACUUGGGAGUGAGACCAUCUCCUUCUCUGGGUGUCUCACACAGAUGUAUUUUGUUUUCAUGUUCGUGGAUAUGGACAAUUUCCUCCUGGCUGUGAUGGCCUAUGACCGCUUUGUUGCUGUGUGCCAUCCCUUACACUACUUAACAAAGAUGACCCCCCAGCUCUGUGCUCUGCUGGUUUCUGGGUCAUGGGUCAUUGCCAAUUUGAAUGUUCUGUUGCAUACCCUGCUGAUGGCUCGACUCUCAUUCUGUGCAGACAAUGACAUCCCCCACUUCUUCUGUGAUGUGACACCUCUCCUCAAACUCUCUUGCUCUGAUACAUAUCUCAAUGAGGUGAUGAUUCUCACUGAGGGUGCCCUGAUCAUGAUCACCCCGUUUGUUUGUGUCCUGGCUUCGUAUGUCCAUAUCACCCGUGCUGUCCUGAGAGUCCCAUCCACAAAGGGAAGGUGGAAAGCCUUCUCCACCUGUGGUUCCCACUUGGCUGUGGUUUCCCUCUUCUAUGGCACCAUCAUUGCUGUGUAUUUCAACCCUUUGUCCUCGCACUCAUCUGAGAAGGACACUGCAGCUACUGUGAUGUACACAGUGGUGACCCCCAUGCUGAACCCUUUCAUCUACAGCCUGAGGAACAGGGACUUGAAAGGGGCCCUGCAAAAAAUGAUUAGCAGGAAAACAUACUCUUACUGA